AUGGCAUUUGACAACGGGGAUCCUGGGAAGCGAUCAAAGACUCUCGACAUAGGCUUCAAUGGUGUUUCCGUUUCGACGGACUUUCGUGGGACGGUCCUGCAAAUAAGCGCGUUCCAUCCCAAGCAUGGAAUUGUACUCGCGGAGCCUUACGAGCAGUUCGACGGAACGAGAUUCAGAGACACUCCGUACGUAAGAGAGUACCGAGCUCGAAUGCUGAAGUCUGUCAAGACAGGCACUCCAGGCUUUGGGCUGCGUUUCGAUGUCGAGGCUCGAGACACGACGACAACCCUGGACGGUUUGGGGCGAGCAACAGUAUCGUACAGCACUGUUGACGGACUUGUAAUAACGACGUCUCUGCGCGUCACCGAAGAUGGAGAGGUCAUUCAAUCUUCCGAGGUGAAGUCUUCUUGUGACUCGACCUCCUAUUUGAGGUACACUAUGGAUUGUGGUAUCAGCGUCAACCGGGCAUCGUAUGGGCAACUUACCGAAGGUGGACCGAUCCCCAUGCCCAAGUCAGAGAACAAAUUCAGCUUCGUCGAAGAGGGCCAGCGCUUUCUGAUCGUCAACGUCCCCCUUGGUGCACAUCUUCAAGGACAUCUGGAAAGCGACCGUCAGCGGGUCGAUAUGCAGGCGUCUAUCCAAGAAGCCACUUUCGUGAACUCUCCUGCAAAAGGGGCAUAUUCUCAGGCCUUAGAAAUUCCGCCAGGAACGUCAAGGACGCUGACUGCAAAAUUCAACCUCCGACCAGGAAUUUGUCCUCAGACCUCUCGCGACUCAAACAUCUCCCCUGCAGUCGGAUUGCCGCUGCUCUGGCGAGACCAAGAGACUACCGGCAAAUUCAUCGUACGCCGCAAUCUUGAGUAUAUCCUCGGUAAUUGCGCCGUCCCGCUGUCGGCCUCCAAGCAUGCCAUUCAAUUCUUGAUCCAGGUGUAUCGAAACCUUGGUCGACUGUCGGAGGCACAAACUUGUGCUGCUUACUCUGAAGAGAUCAAAGCCACGGCGAAGGGCCAUCUGACCUGGAUAUUCCGAUAUGCACAACGACCCCACCAUUUCUGGCAUCGGUCGUACCUCACGACGGGCCGGCCCAAAGAUGGGGCAGUUUUCCAGCUAGACCAACAGUGCUAUCCGCUCCUGGAGAUCUGUGACUUCUGGGAGACAUUUCCAGAAGAGGAGGCGUUUGUGGAAGAAAUUCUCAAGUCAGAUGCUGUGUCUCAGGUCUUGGACCUCAUUGAGUCAAAGAGAGAUCCGUCCACAGGACUCUUUCCAACCGACGAGACGCCAGGCGAUGAUCUCGUGGAAUACCCCUUCCAUUUCUCGAGUCACGUCUUGCUAUGGCACGCGCUGUCCAGGCUUGCGAAAGUAACGACGCAGGUGACGGGUUCUCCGUUGGGGAGGCAUCUGGCAGAUUUCGCCGAAGAUGUGCGUACCGCCACGUUGAAACAUUUCCUGUGUCCUGAUUCGAAGCGAGGGCCGCCCUCCUUCUCGUACCUGGUGGAUGGGUUUGGUCACCGGACAUUUUAUCACGAUGCCAAUGACCUGCCGACGCUUUUUGCUCCCUUGUGGGGUUUCAUUAGAACCAGCAAUGAGAAACAAGCAUGGCACAACACCAUGGAAUUUGCGUUCACGGCUGCGAAUGAAGGAGGGUACUAUGGAGACGGGGUGUUUGGAGGUCUAGGGAGCGUUCACACGCCAGGACCGUGGACCCUGGGAUAUUUCCAGCAAUGGAAGUAUGCUCAGAUGAUUGGCAAUACUCAAGAGGAAGCUAUUGCUUGGCAGAAGAUCUGUGGUGUGAUGUUGUGGGAUGGGACGUUUUCGGAAGCUAUCGAUCGUGAUUCGGGAGAGUGCACAAGCAAAGCCUGGUUUAGUUGGCCUGGGUCGAUGAUUGGGAGCGGGUUGCUUCAGCCAGGCGCCAGAGAGAGGUACCUCUAG